UAAAUACACCGGGAGAUUUCGCUUUACGUCUCUGACCGUCUCCACAUCGCGGCUGGAUGAUGUAUGGAUCCAUUUAGCGGGUAGUCGGAUUUGCCACCCAUCAGCAACGGGGAGUGGGCAAUAGAUAUAAGGACAGAUAUCUCAGUAGUUUAUUGUUAUUUUCAUUUGCACUGGAAAACGUUAACAUUUGGUCACUGGGCUCCUCUGCUUUUAAAAAGAGAAAAGAAAAAGAAAAACAUGAACAUGGACAACUUUGUCAUCUGCGGAGGAGAAAGUGAACUGCACGCUUAAAGUGGGGGGAGAUCACAGUUUGUGAGAGCCAGAGCUGCGAUCCCCUCGGAUUGAAGAUUAUGUUGGGUUGACGACGUCUGAAGGACACCGAGAACGGGAUUAGGUCGUGUGCAGUCAAACAUACUUCUCAUUAUUACUGCGUGUUGUCCUCUGAAAAUUUGCGCAAUAACCUUUGAUGACUUGGAAUAUAGCGGCUGCGCCCGUAAGGGCAAGCUGUUGGAGGUUGGCAAGCUUUCAUCUGGCUGGACACAGUCAUGCUGAUGUUGUCUCCUGGAGCAUGUGCACAGUGCUUCUAACAGUGGGCAGGCAAUAAGGCUUGACAGAAGAUGCGACGGGGGCGGUGGCUUGUCAGAUGGCUGGGGACCGGAAUGGCAAUCCUCGCUUUGCUUACCCACAGCUGGGGCCAGAAUACAGAAGACUGGCAGUAUGAGGAGUGUAAGCUGUCUCGGCCGGGCCCUCCUGCAACCAUAGUGACCAUUGAUGAGGAGAGUCCCAAUGGUACGGUUUUGGUGGAAAACAUGCAAAUCAAUGGCAGGGCCCAGGACCCAGGCAGAACCAUCUCUCUGACUCUACUUGACAACUAUGAUUACUGGGUUAUACUGGAACCAUCACGGCAGAGACUUUACCUCAACAGCACCGGGCGCAUUCUGGACAGAGAUCCACCUAAUUACAUCACAACGAUUGUGGUUCAGGUCCAAUGCACCAAUGAGCUGGUUGGUACGGUUAUUUUACACGAAGUUCGAAUUGUUGUGAGGGACAAGAAUGACAACAGCCCCCAGUUUCAGCAGCCACGCUACUAUGUUUCAAUAAAUGAGCUCACGCCAGUUGGAACUACCAUUUUCAGCGGCUUUUCAGGAAAUAAUGGUGCGACAGACAUUGAUGACGGGCCCAAUGGACAAAUAGAAUACAGCAUCCUUUACAAUCCCAAUGAUCCGGUAUCUAACAACACAGUAAGGGUUGGGAACACACUUUCAGGAAUUAUUCUCCUGGCUGGGAGGCUAAACUACGAGGACAAAACUCGCUACCUGGUAUUGGUCCGAGCCAGUGACCGUGCUCCUUACCCACCAAACAGACUCACCGCUACCACAACUCUGACUGUGGAUAUCUUAGAUGGAGAUGACCUGGGUCCCAUGUUUCUGCCUUGCAUUUUGGUGAACAACACCCGUGACUGCAACCCACUCACCUAUCGUGCUGCUAUCCCUGAAUUUACUGAACCGAUUAAACUGAACCCACUGAAUGUGACCCCACCUAUCCGUGCUGUGGACAUGGACAGGAACAUCCAGCCCCCAUCGGAGAGACCUGGCAUUCUUUAUUACAUCUUGGUUGGUCAACCAAACACAUAUUCAGAGUAUUUCUCCCUGAACCGGACCACUGCAGAGUUGCGCGUUCUGAAACCAAUCAGCAGAGACUUGUAUCAGAGGUUCACUCUUAUCAUAAAGGCAGAACAGGACAAUGGACAUCCCCUGCCAGCUUAUGCUGACCUCAUUAUUGAAAUCCUGGACGAGAACAACCAGGCGCCAUAUUUCCAGUUUGCCACCUAUCAGGGAUACGUGAGUGAGGCCUCCCCAGUGGGCACCACCAUCUCUGCCAGUGCCAACCUCACGGCUCCGCUAGGAAUCAUUGCUUUGGAUAAUGACAUUGAAGAGACCAAAGACCCUAUGGUGAAGAUUACCCUGGAUGACUACACCACAAUUUUCAGCCUGACCCCAACUGGUAUAAUCCGCUACCUGAGGAUUCUGAAACCUGUGGACCGGGAGAAGCAGAUGACCUAUACUUUCACGAUGGUGGCAUCAGAUGGUGUCCAACAGAGUAGUCCAGUAACUGUCAACAUCCUGGUUAUUGAUGCCAAUGACAAUACGCCUACGUUUGCUCAGGUCUCCUACAGCGUUGAAGUCUUUACAGACAUGCAGCCAGGGGAGACGGUGCUACAGUUAACUGCAGCGGAUGCUGAUGAGGGGCUGAAUGGCCUGGUAACGUAUGAGAUUCUGGCUGGAGCCCAGGGAGAUUUUGUUAUUAAUAAUCGCUCUGGACGCAUCACUGUGGUGCCUGGUGUCGUCUUAUCUGUGGGACGAUCUUAUGCACUGACGGUCAAAGCCUCUGAUAAUGCACCUGAUACCCAGAGAAGGAGCUCGAUCACUACAGUCUAUAUUGAGGUUUUACCACCCAACAACCAGAGUCCUCCCCGCUUCCCCCUCAUCACCUACAACCUGGAGAUCAGCGAGGCCAUGAGGAUUGGAGCUAUUCUCCUCAAUCUGCAAGCAACAGACAGAGAAAAUGAUCCAAUCACGUAUCAAAUUGUGAGCGGAGAUUCACAGAAUGUCUUCAACCUCUCUCGAACGAUUGGCCUUUUACUUCUGGGCAAGCCUCUGGACAGAGAGAUCACAGACCAGUACCGUCUGAUUGUCACUGCUUCAGACGGUAACCCUGGAGGGACGUCCACUGCUACCGUGAGCAUAGUGGUGACUGAUGUCAAUGACAACGACCCAAAAUUUAACAUCACCCUCGGCACCAAUUUUACUGUUCAAGAAGAACAAGGCGAUCUAUUUGUUGGACAAGUCAGGGCCACUGACCCUGAUGCAGGAGCCAAUGGUCAGGUUUACUACCGGAUUGUCAAUCAUCCUGACUUGUUUGUAAUCAGUGCCAACGGAAGCAUCUACACAAAACGAUCUCUAGACAGAGAGUUAAGAGAUCAGUAUAGCCUCAUAGUUGAGGCCUCAGAUGGGGCGGUAGACCCUAGAAGAACCACCUUGACGCUCUUAGUCCAGAUUUUGGAUGUAGAUGACAACAGCCCGGUCUUCUCACAGCGAGACUAUGUGGUGAAUGUACCUGAGAACAGCCCAGUGGGGACUGUGGUUCUGAAACUAAGUGCUGUGGACGUAGACCUCUUUUCCAACAUCACAUACCGCAUCAAGACUGAGUCAGCCAGGCAGCUGUUCUCUCUUAACCCUAUCACUGGGGAACUAGCUGUGCUGCAGACCCUGGACUUCGAGGGUCUGGCAGUUAUAGGCAUGGGGGCUUCUUACACUUUCCAGGUAGAAGCUGUCAACCAAGGAGCCCGAAUGCCGCCGGGACAAGCUACUGUCACAGUUCGCAUCACAGACAUGAAUGACUUCUCACCUGUCUUCAGUCAAGAUCUGUACAAGGGCUUGGUGGCCCCCAAUGCAGAGAAGGGAACAGUCAUCACCACCGUUUUUGCUGCGGACCAAGAUCCACCAGGCACUCCGGCCAGUUUUGUGCGCUACAGAGUUGACCAGGAAAGGUCUCCUUACAGCGGGAGCAUCUUUGAUGUAGAGCAGGAAACUGGGAGAAUCAUCACCAAGGUCAACCUCAAUGAAGAGCCUAGCGUUACCUUUAAACUGUUUGUGAUUGCCUUUGAUAACGGGGAGCCGGUGAAGUCAAACAGUACUUUGGUGGAGAUCACUGUCCUUCAGCCCUCUCUCAUCCCGAUCUUCACUGAGGAAGAGUAUACGUUUCUGCCAGUGAAAGAGCUGUCUCCAGUUGGCACUGCAGUGGGGACUAUUUUAGCUGCUGCUAUGAAUCAAACCAUCUUCUACUCCAUUGUUGGAGGAAAUGAACUAGGUCACUUUAAGGUGAACAGCAGCAAAGGUGUCAUCUCCAUUGCCCAACCUCUGGACUAUGAGAAUAUAACCAGCUACGUUCUCAGGGUGCAAGCAGAUUCUUUGAGAGUUGUCAUGUCCAACCUGCGUGUGCCUUCUAAAACCAACACUGCCAAGGUGUUUAUUUACAUAGAGGAUGAAAAUGAUCACCCGCCCGUCUUCUCCAGAAAGCUUUACAUUGGUGGUGUGACUGAAGACACCAAGAUUUUCAGCUCUGUUCUCAAAAUAGUGGCCACUGAUAAGGACACAGGGAACUUCAGCGCCAUGGCAUACCGCCUAAUUAUACCUCCCACAGCAGAGGGCCAGAACAGCUUUGUCAUCGAGGCCUACACUGGGAUCAUUAAGUCAGCCAUCAUGUUUCGAAAUAUGCGAAGGUCCUACUUCAAGUUUGAAGUCAUUGCCACUGAUAACUAUGGGAAAGGUUUCAGCAACAGUGCUGAAGUGGUGGUUUCAGUAGUCAAUGCAUUAGACAUGCAGGUUGUUGUCUCUUCUGUCCCUCCCUACUUAGUAGAAGAGAAGAAGGAAGAGCUCAUUAGCAUUCUGGAGCGUCAUGUGCAGGACCAGAUUCCCGGUGCCAAGGUGAUCGUUGAGUCUAUCGGGCCACGUCGUUAUGGCGAUGGCUAUGAGCUGGAGGACUACACUAAGUCAGAUCUAAUGGUGUAUGCCAUCGAUCCACUAACAAACAGAGCCAUUUCACGACAGGAGCUCUUCAAGUUUCUUGACGGCAAUGUCUUGGAGAUCAAUAAAGAGGUCCAGCCACAUGUGGGCGAGGGUGGCCGCAUCCUUGAGAUCCGCUCACCAGACAUUGUGGCCAGUGUGAAGAAGGCUGCUCAAGCUGUGGGCUACACAGAGGGAGCGCUUCUGGCCCUGGCCAUCAUCAUUAUCCUCUGCUGCAUUCCUGCCAUCCUCAUCGUCAUGGUCACCUACAAACAAUUCAAAGAGCGGCAAGCAGAGUGUGCCAAAACUGCCAGGAUCCAGAUGGCUUUGCCACCGGGAGGGAAAACAGCUCCAGCCGCUGCCCCUACCGCUAACCUCUAUGAGGAGCUGGGCGACAGCAGCAUGAGGCGUGGCCCUGGCAGAAAGCAGCAACAACAACUGCUGAGGCCAUCUCUUCUGAGACCAGAGGAACUCUCCAUGGAGUCGGGCAUUGACCCAGGCCAAGACUAUUACGCACAGGACUAUUAUAAUUAUGACCAAGGAUAUGACUUUCCUCAGUAUGGGAGUCGGAGGAGGCUGAUAACACCCAUGUAUGAUGAAUAUGGUGAGGUGAUCAUGGAGGAUGAUGGGUAUUACUACAGUCCACAUGGCCCAGAGGGCCGUGGCAGAGGCCGGGGUGGCAUGAGAGGUAGAGGUCCACCAAAGAGAGUUGCCUUUAGGGACUUGCCACCAGAGGAUGAAAUAGUGCAACCUCAGGCAGCAGAGGAAGGUGAACCUUCUAAGGCUGCCAAGAGACUGAAGUCUGUCAUGAAACUCAGCAAACUCCUGGCAGCCGGCAAGGGAGGAAAGCAACCAUCUGAUGCCGGCCCUCCUGGCCCAUCUCCAUGGAAGAAAGCCAAGAUGCUCAAGAUGUUUGGCGCUGGAAAGAAGGACAAGGAUUAUGCCAAACUGAUGUCAGCCCGCCGUAUUGACAGCCAGGAUAGUCUUACGGACAGACCGGCAGUUAUUGGGCCAAUAGAUAGCAAGUCGGAUGCUCGCAGCCGGCUUAGCAAAGUUUUAAAGAGAAUUACCAUUGGCAACAAGUUGCAGGUCAGGAGGAAGUCACAGAGUAGUGUGAGUCAUGGCUCAGCCACAGGCAGCGAGAAAGAUGAGGAGGCUUCGCAGGCAGCCAGCGAGGAUGAAAGGAAGUCUAAAGUAUCUAUUAGUGUGACCGAAAGUGAGCCAGAAGAAGGUGCAAGUGGAAGCAGUAAGGAGAAAGACUCUGAUGAAGAAUCCUCUGAGAAAAGUAGUGUUGACAGAGAUUAUCUUAAAGUUGACUUGGAUAGAGAUGACACAAAUGAAAGCACUGUGGACUCAGAGGAAGAGCCUGAUGAAGAGCCAGGUGAUUCUGAUGAGGAAAGCAGGUCCAAAUCUGAAGAAGAUGAGGAAACAGAGAAGGACUCAGGCAGUGAAAAAGAAUCAGAGACUGAGGGAGAGUCAGAGUCAGAAAAGGAAUCAGUGUCUGAGAAGUCCUCAGCUACAGAGAAAGAGUCAGAAACAGAGAAAGAGUCAGAGUCUGAUGAAGAGUCCAGCUCUGACAAGGAAACAGAAUCAGGAACAGCAACAGAAAAGGAAACGAGUACAGAAAGGGAUUCAGCAACAGAAAAAGACUCAGAUGAAGAGUCUGAGGAAGAAGAGGUGUCUGAAAGCACUAGAGAAAGUGGAUCUUCUGCACGCACUUCUAUAAGAUCUUCAGCUACUGAGGCCAGCAGAAGGAGCAGCGCUUCCGCUACUGUUAGUGGGACUGACAGUAAAGGCAGUGAAAGUGCAAGUGAGAGUGGCAGUGGUAGUGUCAGAAGCGGUAGAUCUUCCUCUAGAUCAAGUGCGAGAUCAACACAGAGAACAAGCUCAACAAGAGCAUCCUCAGAGAAGUCCAGCGAAGAACUCAGUGAAGCUGAGUCAGGAACAGGGACAGCUAGUGACGCAGAAUCGGGAUCAGGGUCAGGUUCAGGGUCAGGAAGUGAACGGUCUUCAUCUUGGGGGUCCAGCAAGAAAAAAACAUCCGGUUCAGAGCUGAGUAAAAGAUCUUCAUCUGGCAGCCAGCAUUCCCUUGGAAGUGAGGGGAGUUCUGCUGGCUCCCAGUCCACUGGUGGAAGUCGACUUUCUCGAAAGUCUCUCCUGAGCCAUGGUUCAGAGGAUGCAAUCACAGAGGAGAGUGAGGAUGAGGAUGAGGAAGACUCUGGGACUGCUGAUGAGAGCAAAGACUCUGCAAGUGAGGUCAGUGAUGAAUCAUCAUCAAGAAGAUCUAGUGUAGUUUCUGAAGGCCCAGGACCCUCUGCUCCCUACCGUGGUCAGACUUAUAGUCCUGAGAUCAGAAGCACCUCUGAUGAGACAUACGGAGGCUUGUCCCCUAUCACUGAAGUGGACGAGGACGCCAUCUCAUCUGAUAAAUCUUCAGUCAGUGCAUCAAAGGGCUCAGAAGGCACUGAAGAAACAUCAGAUGGUGUUUCAGAAUCUGAAGGGAGCUCAACGGCCUUCUAGCAAGAUUUAUUGUCCCUGUGAACCUGGAAGAAAGAAACGGAUCAAACUUGUGGUUGAUCGGGAGAACGAGUCCAGCUCUACAGGAGAGGAAAGCACUACAGAGAGUCAACAGAAUAGACUGCCCAACAG